AUGCAGGCUGUCCAGUAUGAACGGCACUCGGGAGAGUCGCUCUCGUCGCCGGACCACCAUGCGCCUCAGGAGUCUUCGCACAAGCACCCCGUUCCCAAGAACGUGGCCUUCGAGCUUCUCCUCGAUGAGAACUCGAAAGUGCGGGCUCGCAUACCCAUGCGAGUGCAGAUUUAUCCGCAUGAUACCACGGACUCCAUCGUGACUACCGUCAAGAAUUUUUAUGGGAUUUACGAUGGUACUGCCAGCGGUGUCAGUUUCGAGGAUGAACAUGGAAUUACCCUGAUUGCCAGGUAUGAGAAUCUGCGAAACAACAUGACUGUCUACGUGCGGGUCAUUCCCGUCCAGGCAUAUACAGAAGGUUACGGCGAGCGCUACUAUGGCUCUCUGCCCGUUGAGGCUCGCAAGCGCCCGAGUCUUGGCGAGCCGUUCCAGAUGGCGUCGGCCAUGCCGCCGACACAGAGUCUAGACAACGGUCAACCUCCAUCGCGACCAACUUCUAGACUGGCUCGGAAGCGCAGCAUGUCUCCAUCCGGCAGAAGCCGCCGGAGCGCCUCCCAGCACAAGCAGCUCUCCAAGACUGGUUCCAAGAGCCGGGGCUCGAGCGCCCAUGGUAGCUUCCAUGAUGAUGCCACCGCUGGCGCGAGCGAUAGCGAGGGGGGCUAUGGCUCCGUCUCAGGAGCCAAGAAGUCUCGCAGUGAGCAACUCGGUAGCUCAGAUAUCAGCAUGGAGAAUAUCCUCCAAGACGGUCGCCGGAAGCGGCCCAAGUUUGAAAGUUCGGAAUUGCCUUUGUUUGUUCCUCCCCAAGUUCCCCUUACCACCUCUACCUCAUCCAUCUCCCCCCAGCGUCGGUCGGUCGGCCAAGAAGGAGCCGGCUCGCCGUUCGCCCGCCCUACCCAGCGCCCAUACAACUACCAACAGCCCCUCCCGUCGCCGCAAAGUUAUGGACAUAAUGAGCAAGCGUAUGGGUACGGUCAUGCCCGCGGCCCUAUGUAUGCUACCCCCAUGGUUCCCGAACAUGGGCACCGCUUGCGCGACCGAACUGCGACCCAGUCUUCUGGGCAGUUCAGUAAUCCGGCAGGCAUGGGCAGUGCACCCGGGAUUCUUCCUACCCCCGACCCCACCAUUGCCAGCUGUAUCUCUGACGAGGAUGUUGCCAUGCAAUUGAUUCGCCUCGGAGAUGCGUCGAAUUUCUCUCAUGGUCGCACGUCGGCGUCUACCCUCGACGACGCCUUCAGCGGGGCCGCCGAUGCAGCGUCGUCCACAGGUGCCACCAGCGACGGCGAAGACUUCAGUGAGGAUGACGAUGACCUGCCUGCGCGAAGCCGACAGCGGUUAGAGUCCAGCCCGAUGCUUCCGCCGGGGGCUACCAAGCACACCCACAAGCGUUUGGACGAUAUCCUUCCUAGCUUCGACAGUUCCGAAGCCAGCUAUGAUGGCUACGACGAGGAGCCCCACCACAUCGGGCCCAACGAGCAUGUGAUCAAGGAUGAGACUGAUGACGACACCUUGUACAAAGAGUCUGCCCCCAAGUCAAAGAAGCCCAAGAACCGGGCCACCAGCACGGCGUCCAGCAAAGCGCGGGGACCCAAGCCGCCGUCGGCUGUGCGCCCGCCCAAGAACAGCAAGAUUACGUCCAACGCGGCUCCUCGCAAGCCGAAGCCAUCUACCACCACUACUACCCAGAAAACUGUGGUGUCGCCGCAGAUGACGAGCCCCGGCCCGGCUCGGAAGACGUCCACCUCGUCUGUCAACUUCCAGCAUCAGUUGGCGGCGGACGAGGAGGACCUGUCGACGAAGCCUCGUUGCCAGCGCUGCCGCAAGAGCAAGAAGGGCUGCGACCGUCAACGUCCUUGCGGACGGUGCAAGGAUGCCGGGAUCGGUCUGGAAGGCUGUAUCAGCGAGGAUGAGGGGAAUGGCCGCAAAGGCCGCUAUGGUCGUCACAUGGGCGUCCCGGUCAAGAAAGCCCUUGAGGUUUCAGCCACCAACGACACUCUGCCUCUGGUGGCGGCCGCGGCUCCGCUCAGUGCUGCUUUGGCCGACAAGAACAAGAAACGCAAGCGGUAG